GGAUUGUCCAUUUCCAUUUCAAAAAUGAAGACUAUCUGUACCCUCGCUGUUUUUAUCCUACUCCUUGGUACCGAUGCAGCUGAGUAUGGUGCUGCUGAAAAAGUCGGCUUCAAUCUUCCGAGAAAUGGCAUCUCUGUAACUGCCUUGAAUGGCUUGAUCGGACACCAAGCCUUCUGUGGUGGCUGGGAACCACCAUAUUACUGCGGUAACCUUUGCGGUAGCCUAGGGUAUAGGUGCUAUCAGUGUACCGCGAUCGACUGUCGGUGCCUCAGGUUUGGCUGCUAAAUGAAGCCAGCUCCUGAAAGGUCGCCCAUCAGGUUGACAAAUGUGUUCUACAGUCGGGCUCAAAGCUGAGUUUUGCGGUUUAGAUAACAAGUCUG